UUGGUUGUAUCAUUUGCAGAUGAGGAAUCUGCUGCAGCAGGAAGCGCGCAUCCAGGGGGUUUCAUUUGUCGAGUCGUUAGAAUGAACGUAGUCGGGCUGGGGAAGAAAUUCCGGAGGGCGCAGUGGAUUUCGGUCGAUGCUGAGGUGGCUGGGGGUGAAGGUAUACCUAGAGUUGCGUGCGUACCUCUUGAUUCAAUCUCAAGCUCGAUCUCGAGAGAUUUUGCAGACAAAGAGCAUUGUGAAGGGGAAUAGCCAGCGAGGAGGAGCGCGAGAGAGGGAGGUGUGGGGAGAGAGAGAGAGAGAGAGAGAGAGAAAGAGAGGGGAGACAGAGCUGAGUAGGCGGUUAGGCCAAGUGACAAGCGAGAGAGACUUUUGGUAGGAUCUGGAUAUUCGUUUCUGACUCUGAGAUUACUUUGAGAGGUCACAGAUAGAGGGAUCAAGGGACCAAGGUUGGGGAAGAUAUAUAGAUGCUCGAAGGGGAUGCGAUCGUUUGCUUGGAAGGCGAGUUUCGGGAGCUAGACAGAGCUUGAGCAGGCUUAUCGAGUUUUAGGAAGGAAUUGUUCUUGGAAUUUUGGGGAAGAAAGGCGUGUUCGUUGGCUUGUAGCCACAUACACCAAAUUAGGAGCUCUUAAGAUCUGUACAGUCAAAAGCUGCAAGAGCGAUCCAGUCUGGUUCAGGAGAUUCUGCAGUCUCCUUUUCAUUGAAGGCUCUUCAGCUGUUUGCAACGUUUACCUUCUUUAAUCUGCACUCAGCUAUGGACGCACGGGACUUGAGAUUCAGGAGCUGCGAAGGCUGCGGAGGGGUCCACUGCUCUCUUUUCCCCGGAACGCCCGUGUCUGUGUCCUUGUCAAACUGCGACAUUGAGGCCCUUGUGCAACCGUCUCCUGAGCAGGUUGAAGCCUAUGAGCUGUACUUGCAUCUCCCUGAGCUCACUCGGCUAUGGCGGACAAAGCUCUAUCCGCGUUGGGAAAAUGAGAUCAUUGUGAGACCUGCUCUUCACAGCCUUGAACUCGUCUUCCGCGUGAUUUCAGCUGUCUUGUGCGACACGAGACCAUACAUAGACCGCGAUGAGUGGCUUCGGAGAUUGGAAUCGUUGGCAAACUUGCAACUGGAAAUUAUAUCUUGCAUCGUAGAAGGAGACGAGGAGGCUCCUACAUCGAAGCUUUCUAAUAGUUGCAGCUACGUUGGAACGGAGUCAGUGGUUUGGCACAAGUCUGGAUCACGGCCUCUCGUGAGCAGGUUGAGCAAAGAGAGCUUAUUGCCUCGUCUUGCGGCCUGGAGGACGGCGCACAAUGUAAGCAUAUUGUUGCAUUUCGCCAUUGAAGGUCACAUGGCACGUGCACCUUUCACGCUGGGCCUUGGCGAGCCCAAUCUCUCUGGCAAGCCAGUUUUGGAGUACGACAAAGUUUGCACGCCUCUUGAGGUGUAUGGCUGCAGACAAUCCAUGCCUGGGCAUCCUGAGGAUCACACUCUUUCGACUGUGCAUCAAAUCAUGGAGGCAUGGUUGGAGGUUGCUUCUGGUUUGUUGCAAAAUGUGGAAAAGACGGUUAAAGAAGGAAAUUUUGAAUCAGCUGCCAAGAGCUGCAGAAUUGUCGAGCGGGUGUGGAAGCUUCUCAUCUCCACGAUGGAUUUGCUUCAAAUUAUGGACCCAGACGAUUUUAUGCGCUUGAAGGAGGAGCUUGCAAUUUCUCAGGGCGGAACAGCCAUCAGUACUGAACAUAUUGGUGGAGGUGCGUACUGUUUGCGAUCUUCGAGGCUACGGCAUGUUACGAAGGAUUGCAAGGAGCUUCGGCAUUUGGUUCCUAAGGUCGUCGGGGUUGAAGCUGAUCCUAAAGGCGGUCCAAGGCUCCAAGAGGCUGUGAUGGAUUUGCUUCACUCCCAUGGGUUGCGGACUCAUGCAGCACCGCUGUACAAGCGCCCCUCGGGAUACCAUUCAUCCACAAUCCACCUGCUGCAAGCUUUCCAGGCGGUUGAGGCAGCAGUUCGUCAGUUCUAUUUCUCAUACCAGCAGUUAGUGAUUGCUGUAAUGGGAAGUGGUGAGUAUAAGGCCACAGCGCAGACAGAAAUAUCCGCUGCAGACGCUCUAGCUCAAAUUUAUUUCGAACCACCUUAUUUUCCAAGCCUGGACGGUGCAAAGACGUUUCUAGGUAGUUACUGGCAUAACAAUCCGGAACUUGAAGAAGGUGCUAUUAUGAGACAGCUCAUGGUUGAGAAAACAUCGCGUACAGGAAACUCUAGCAAAGCGUCUAGUGUUGCUAACAGUGACAGCAGUGACAGUACUAAGAAUGAUGAAGACGAAGAGCGAACACAAAAGAAAAGCCUAGGAUCUUCAGAGAGAAAGCAAUACGUGAACGCUGCUUUUUCUUACAACAAACAUCACAUGUAUCAAGGAGCCAUGGGGGCUUGACAGUGUCGACAUCGUUAGCAGCAUGAAAUUGUUAGCUGUCCUUCAAAGACGGAGGAUGUUUAAAUUUUAGCCAUACAUGGGAUGGUAAUAAUUCUCACCCUUGGGUUGGUGCCUCGUCAUUUGGAAGGUGGAUGUCAUCUUCAACCCAUCCUUCCGCAGAUACAUGCCCACAGACCUGUGUGAAGGGCGAUAGUGCCGAUAAUGUUCACUUCCCCCUCGGUAAUGUGGGUGAUAAAUGUCAAGGAAUCCUAUGAGAUUGAAAGGGAAUAUAGGGGAUGACUUCGAUAGUUCUUGUCCAGUAAGGAAGACGGAUGAUCUGUACUGGAGGUGUAAGAAGAUUGUCGCGGGAUUUAUGUGUGAAGUUUUCCUCUCGUGAGUAAGAAGACGUAGCUUCCCAUUUGUUUGCUCAUCACUGUGGUAGAGGUGUACAUUACAUUAUUAUGGGGUGGACAUUUUUGUGUACAUUGGUCCUUCAGCCAACCGUCGAGCUACGAGAUUGUAGUGCAAAUUACAGACACUAAACCUACUAUUAUCACUGCCAGUAAAAGCACAAUGCUUUUUGCAGUAUAUUUUUUAUUGUACUCUCAGACUUUGAUCUGUUCAGCUGACAUUGUAUCUUUUAUCGCUC